ACCCCAGAGCGGGAUGCAAGGAGAUGCCGAGAUACCCAGGAGUUCAUGGUCCAACGCCUUCCUUUCCCAGGGCGCGGGAUGCUAGCUUCAAGCAGGGGCCAGCCGACUAUAAAGUCACCGUCGAUCCGCUCCUCUGUCCUGGUUCCGUCCCUGCUCAUCCCAUCUCAGCCUUGUUCUCACCGUCUCUACCCAGAAGGGCCUCGACUAUCACUUAAACCUUGCCCCCUCCACCCCCUGAGGAUCAGCACUAUCCAACAUGCGUUUCAACGCCAUCGCCGCGGUUGCGCUCGCGCCGCUCGUUGCCGGCCACGGCGCCGUCACCAGCUACACCAUCGGUGGCACCACCUACCCCGGCUAUGAAGGCUUUUCCCCGACUGGCGCCGACACGAUCCAGUUCCAAUGGCCCGACUACAACCCAACCAUGGAGGUCAGCGACCCCAAGAUGCGGUGCAACGGCGGCACCAGCGCCACCCUGAGCGCCCCCGUCACCGCCGGCGAGAACAUCACGGCCGUCUGGAAGCAGUGGACACACGCGCAGGGCCCCGUCAUGGUCUGGAUGUACAAGUGCGACGGCGACUUCGGCGCCUCGUGCGAGGGUGACGGACAGGGCUGGUUCAAGAUCGACCAGAUGGGCCUGUUCGGCACCGACCCCGGCUCCGAGGACUGGGGCACCGGCAUCGUGCUCAAGACCCUCGAGUGGAGCAGCAAGGUGCCCACCAACCUCGCCCCGGGCAACUACCUCAUCCGCCACGAGCUCCUGGCCCUGCACCAGGCCAACACCCCCCAGUUCUACGCCGAGUGCGCCCAGGUCGUCGUGUCCGGCAGCGGCACCGCCUCGCCCCCGUCCGACAAGCUCUUCAGCAUCCCGACCUACGCUCCUCAGGACGACCCCGGCAUCAUGGUCGACAUCUACCAGGGUGGCCUCACCAGCUACAGCCCCCCGGGCGGUGACGUCUGGGAAGGCUUCGAGUAAAUCGACGUGUUACGGCACAGGGACCGCGAAGGGAAGCCAAACUCGUGGCUGUGGGGAGGACUGCUUGAUUUGGUUCAUCGCCACUGCAUGGUCGGCGCUGGGUUUAGCGAGGGACAGCGCUUUGGGUUAUACCUUAUCACAUGAAUGAAUGAUUUUCACCACA